AUGGCGGAGAAUCCAAGUACUGGUUUGGGUGCAGUCCUGAGAACUUCUCCGUAUGCACAGAACCUGGUAAGCCUCGAUAGAUGUGCUGCUUUUCGAGCUUCUAGGUAUCAUUCUACUGAAACACUAAUAGGUAUCUGGGACGUGCUUCCGGCGCCAUCAGAUGCAGUUGUGUACUCGGAUCCUCUAGGCGCUCCCACAGUCGCGCGUUUAACGAAAUGGAUUGAGACAUGCAAUAAAGACCACGAAGGAUGUCACAGCAAAGAAACCCCUUUGCUACCAACUCGAGUCCUUGAUGUUGGUAGCUCGCCGUCGUCUCAAGUAGUUAAGUUAGUUGAGACUAGUGGUCAACGUGCCCAAUAUAUUGCUCUCAGCCAUUGCUGGGGGGAGUCAAACUCUUUUAUGACAACUCGGACGACCAUAGAAGAUAUGAAAAGUGGUUUUUGGCCCGAGCAAGCCCCAGCAACUUUACAAGAUGCUAUUAAGGUCACUCGCCAGCUUGGAAUUUGCUACCUAUGGAUUGACUCAUUAUGUAUCAUUCAGGGGGAUACAACAGACUGGGAGAUGGAAUCAUCACGGAUGGGAGGCAUCUAUCGCAACGCCUACUUGACAAUAGCGGCAUCAAGAGCUGCUGGUGAUUCGGAAGGUUUUCUAAAGCCUAGACCACCUGCGUGUUCCGCAUUGAAAGUGGUUUCUCCCUCCGGAGACAGUACUCAUAUCUACCUUCGGCCCCAGGAAAGUGCAUAUGAUUCAGAUGAUCCACUAGACACGCGUGCCUGGGCCCUACAAGAAAGAUAUCUUUCCCGACGACAGCUCAGGUUCUCUAAGAGCAAAAUCAUUUGGCAGUGUCAGACUUCCAUGUGGGAUGAGGGAGACCGGGACGAUUACAUUAGGAGAGGUGGCUCUGGUUAUACUAUCACACGGCUUCUGGACCACCCAUUUAGUGAUGUAGAGUGGUAUUUCAUGGUCUCGUUUCGUUACUCCAAACGUCAGCUAUCUCACGAGUUGGAUAGAUUGCCUGCGCUAUCCGGCCUAGCGAGUAUUGUGGCAGAACAUAAAAACUGGAGGUACUGUGCAGGCAUAUGGUGGGAGGAUAUCGGUUAUGGGAUCUGUUGGGUUACGACAUCUCCCCCUCCAAAGAGACCAGAUUAUUAUAUUGCUCCAUCGUGGUCCUGGGCAUCAGUCAUAGGUCCUAUCACUUUU